AUGGAUAAGCUUAAAGAGAGAUCUCAAUUAGGAGACUUUGGCACCCUGUUCGGUCUACCCGAUUCUUAUGCUAAAAGUAGCAAUAAGAGCAGGUAUUAUAAGUCCUCAAGAGCUGAAGGCAUUAAUUCAAAAGGAUUUUCUGCCACUUAUAAAAAUAAUGAAAUAAGUUAUUGUUUUGUUACAGAUCCAGUAACCAGAAAUAUUAAUGCUUUGAUUGAUAUGAAGCAGAAUCAUAUGGAUUCUUUACAGUUAGAAUUAUUUAGUAUGAAUAUUUUCGAUUCUCUGAAAUCGACUAAAGUGAAGGAAAAAAUUAAAUUAAUUUCCGAACAAAUUGCCGUCGAUAUUUGUGCUGAUCACCCCAGUGCUUUUUGGAAUAGAAAAAGGCACAUUGUGACUCUUCCAUAUGAAGAAAGCUUUUCUGAAGAUGAUAUCCCUACUAAAUCUUGGCCCUGUCAAAUGAACGUUGAGUUAGUAGAAUUUUGCAAAAAUGAGAUUGAUAAUCUUUUGCAAAAGGAUUUGAUUAAACCUUCUAAAUCCCCUUGGUCUUGCACAACGUUUUAUGUUAAUAGUGCUGUUGAAAGGGAACGAGGAUGGAUCCACCAUGGAUUCAUGCUAAAGGUAGGGGAAGGGGAAGAUCAGCCCCAGGAAGAUCAUCCCAAGGACCGUCAUACAGAUCCACAGCUAAUUCACAAUCUUAUCAAGGAUCGUCAUACAGAUCCUCAUCAAACUCCCCGGUCAUACAAAUGGGAAGAAGAACUUUGA